AAAUAGAGAGCACAAGUUCCUUUUGCAACAACUCGUGUGACUUGUUUCGUUUGCCAUGGUUCAUUGGACAGACUGUGAGGCUAAGGCCAUCCAUAACAUCUGGGGUCGAGUUGAUCCAAAAUCCAUUGGAGGAGAAGCCCUUGCCAGGCUUUUGACUGUCUAUCCAUGGACCCAGAGACACUUUAGUACUUUUGGUAAUCUGGGAAGUUGUGAAGCUAUUGCCCACAAUGCCAAAGUGCUAAGCCAUGGGGAAAAAGUUGUGUCAUCCAUUGGAGAGGCCAUCAAACACAUGGAUGAUGUAAAGGGAUACUAUGCCCAGCUCAGCAAGUAUCACUCUGAGAAACUGCAUGUGGACCCAGCCAACUUUCUGAGAUUUGGGGGCGUUCUCAUUAUUGUUCUGGCUCGUCAUUUCCGUGAUGAAUUUACCCCCGAGGUAGAAGCUGCCUUUGUGAAGCUGUUUGGUGUGGUGGCAGAUGCUCUGGGAAAAGGCUACCACUGAAAAAUCUUAAUACCUAAAGGAGAUUUGAGCUACAAAUCAACUUUUCAACAUAUAGGGCUUAUGGAAAUGUACCAUUUGUAUUUUGUAGCUAUUCAAAUUAACUCCAAAUAAAACUUUCAUGUAUCCUGGUAAAA